AAGCAGGAAGUACCUACAUUAUAAAUGAGAAAAUAUGCCAACUUCCUGAAGCGCCGUAGGUAAAUCUUCUUUUUCUAACGCUUCCAUUGACCAUGCCGUUUACUGCAAUGGCGGUAUAGAUACUUCACGAAGAAGAAAGUGGAUUUUCUGCAAUGAUGAUUACGAUUUGAGUGGGCAAGGUCUAGUUGUACUUUUAUAGACUAUAGAAUUCAGUUUCUUCCAUAUUGAUCAGUGUACUAGCCAAUAUAACAUAAUCUUACUUAUAAAAAACAAAAAAAUCCAGUUAUCGAUAAUAAUUGUUCCUCAAGGAGUUUUCCGGCUUACAAGAAUAGGACGCCAAAGAAUUCGCGGUAAUCGUCCCCGACGUCUUAGGUAACACUUGCUAUUUUAUUAUCUGAAUGGACAAUAAGGUGGAUGUCUCAGAAGUAGAAAAUAUUUCAAUGAUUGGAUCGUCUGAAAUCUUUUAUCUGCCUGAAGUAGCAGAGAUAUCAGAGGUGUUAGAUUCUACUGGUCUCAGUCCAUUGACGUCUUCUUUAGAUCAUACUCUAACUCUUCAAGAAGAUAAACUGCUUUCAUCAGAAGUUAAUAUGGGCAUAGAAGAUACAUGGACUGAAGCAAAUAGUUCUACAUCAGAUUAUGCUAUUCCACUUCCACCACCACCUGGUUUAAAUGAUUUCACAGAUGUUGGUGCAGAUCCUAUUGGUGAUAGCGGAACUGGUAUAGAGUAUGGCCCAUUUUUACCUCCCGGUACUCCAGCUCUAAAUAAUUUGUUUUCAGAAGGUGGAGAUUCUCAAGAUGAUUCUCCCAUGGAAGAUGUAGUUUUACGUGCUGGAGUAUGUGGUCUUCGUAACCUUGGUAAUACUUGUUUUAUGGCUGCUGGUUUGCAAUGUUUGACUGCAACACCACCCGUCCUGCGACAUUUUUUGGAUAUACAGCAGGGAGGGGAAAAACUACCUCCUCCAGGAUCAUUAAUGGCACAUUUUAGCGUACUUCUUGGCAAAAUGUGGUCUGGAAAAUAUAGUGUCCUUAGGCCUACUGAAUUUAAACAGACAUUGGGCGCGUAUCAUUCACAGUUUAAAGAUAAUAGACAGCAUGAUUGUCAAGAAUUUCUUGCACUUUUACUGGAUUCUUUACAUGAACAAAUGAAUACAGCAAAGUGUACAAAAAAUUGUCAAACUCCUUCAUCUACAACCACUGCCAACUCUAUUAAUUCAAUUGAGAAUUCAAAUGGGAAAAUGAUGUCCCCAGUCACUGCCACUAGUAAUUCCAAUUGUAAUACAGAUAUAUUGGAAAUGUAUGAUUGCUUACCAUCACCAGAAUGUCCAAAUAGCCCUAAUGUUACUAUGGCAGGUUCACCAAGAGAUUUAGGUUCACCAAUAGGUGAAUUAGAUAGUAUUGCAAAUUCGCCACGAGGAUCGCCUUUGAAUGAUGGUGAAGAUGAUGAAGAAACACUUGAUUCUGAUGAAACUGUUGAAGCAAAGUCAAGUACGUUUAUUCACAAUGAAGUUGAUGAAAAGAAAAGUGAAGUUACGCCUUCAUUAAGGCUGGAAACAUUAAUCGAACUUUCGAAAAAUGUACCAAAAUAUCAUGGUCUUUAUGAUAUUCAUAAAGAAGCAAAAACUAGCAAUGCAAACUUUUUAGUAACACAACAAGAAUGUAAUAAUGAGAUUCAUUAUGAUUCUCAAAAAUUUCCAAAGGAAAAUGUUCGUAGAAUGCCUUUAGACAAUUCAAAUCUAAUGGAAAAUCAUGAUUUUGACAAUAAAAGUGUCAGUAUCAAAAGAAUAAAGGAAGUCAAUGUUCAAAAAGUCAAUUGUGGUGUAGAUUAUGCAUCAAGUGGUUCUGAUAUAGAAUAUGAUAAUGGCUUAGAAAAAUGUAAUGUAAAACGUAUGAGAUUGGAUGAUCAAGAGAAGAAUCAUAAACGUGAUGGUCAAGGAAGCAUUAGUUCUCAAUGUACACGAAUGUCACAAAGCUAUGGAAAUGGUACUAUAGAGACACAAGAUGAGCUUGAAGCCGACAAACAUUGGGCAAAGCAUUUAAAAUCUAAUAGAAGUAUUAUCGUUGAUACUUUCCAGGGACAGUUUAAAAGCAAGGUUGUUUGUGCAGUAUGUAAUCAUGUUUCUGUUACAUAUGAACCUUUCAUGUAUUUAUCAGUACCGCUGCCCCAUGCAAUGGAAAGACAAUUAAACGUUACAUAUGUUCCCGCAAAUGGUGAUCAACCUAUAAAGUGUGUUGUUUCAUUAAAUAAGCAAUCACGCAUUGGGAAAUUGAAAAAGGAGCUACUAAAAACACUUGGCAAAGAAAACAUUGCAAUAAGAAAUAUUGCACUUGCCGAAGUUUUAGAAAAUCAUAUAUCAAAGAUUCUGGAUGACAAUACACUCUUGAGACACAUCAAUGAUACAAAUCGAUCUAUAUAUGCCUUUGAACUCACGGAACCUCCUGAUGCGUACACUUCAGUAUCAGACGGUGGUGGAGAUCGUAUAUCGGAGGCUGAUUCCUGUCAAAAAUGUACAGUUAUGGGAGAAGAAAUUCCAUGUACAAUUUGUCUCGAAGAAUUGGACGGAGAUUUGAAAAAGCAUAGCGGAAAUAGUUGCAACUUUGUUAUGUGCGAUACUUGUAUUGAGAAUUACUUCAAAAAUCAAACGGAACCGCAAAUGUGUCCAAUGUGUUCAACCUAUAUGACUGCAUCAUCCUUUAUUAAAAUAGAUCAAACAGGCAGACCAAGACCUGCAAUUAGGAUCUUAAAUGUACCAUUGGUCUUGCGACAUGAUACAACAAAUGAAACGACAAACAAUCGUAAAGGAACAAAACUUUUUGGAUAUCCGCAUUUAGUAAGAUUACCUUCAAGAGUAAACGCUAAGGACUUGUAUGAUAUUGUAAGAAAAAAUGUACCACAAGAAGGAAAUUAUACACUUCAUUUUGUUACAGGACAGGGGCAUCAUUGUUCUCGUUGCAUGUAUACUACACAUUGUACAGGGUGCAGUGUACCCGAAACGGGUAUGGUAAUCUUGUGUAAUGGUGAUACUCUAGCUGUACGUUAUACGGAACAGGUUCCUAAGAUCGCAUCGCCCAUUGAUCAUGUUAGCGUCAGCAAACAAAGGCCUCAUCAUCCUUUGUCUUUAUAUGAUUGUCUUCAAGCAUUUAGUCAAAGUGAAACAUUAGACGAAUACAACCCUUGGUUUUGCCCAAAAUGCGAGCGAAAUCGAUGCGCUACGAAAACUCUCACAGUUCAUAGAUAUCCCAAGUUCCUUAUAGUAUAUUUGAAACGAUUUGUAUUUUAUGAGUGUACUAGUAUGAAGUUAGACGAUAAAGUUACAUUUCCCUUGGUUGGUUUGAGCGUUGGACAACACUUAUACGAUCUUUAUGCAUGCGUUUGUCAUUUUGGAGGGGUCUCAGCUGGACACUAUACAGCAUACGCAAAAAAUCCUCGCACUGAUAUGUGGUACUACUACAAUGAUGAAAUUACAAGCAGACAAAAACCUCAGGAGGAAGAUUUUAGCAACGCAUAUAUACUUUUUUACAGUCGGCAAGGGACCAAUUUAAAGUCGUGCAAUAUAUAACCAGUGCUGGAACAAAGAAACUGGCAAAUAGAUAGUGCCAGUGAUAUACAAAGUGUGAGAAACAGAAGAGUAACUGGGAAAUCAAGAGAAGAGUUUACAAGGUGCUGCGUUUAUAUGUUGAUCGAACUAUGUCAUAUUGAAUGGAAAACUGCUUACAAAUCUUUCGAUCUAUUUUUCCUAAUAAUUCGUUCAUGGUCUGCCUCUGUGUCUCUUUUCCUUCCUUAUUCAAUUUGAUGCUGUUUUAACUGUUGUCUGUAAAACAUUUUACAGACGGUAUAGCGUGCGGGAUAUACACGUGGAAAUUCAUUGACUGUCAAUUGUAUCUAUCACUAGGGGUAAAUUUGUGCAUUUUAUCGGUGAUUGUUUACUGAAUUGGAAAGUAUAGUGUAAUUACCAGAUUGUUAAUGACAUUAAUCGUGGAAAACAGCAGUUGUGCAAGGAAGAGUUGAUAAUUUGGAAAGAACUAAGCGUAUUUAUACCAGAUUAGUGCAUAAACGUACGUCGAAUUUGUACAGUAGGUGAUUAAAGUAGACUUUGGGGUUUUGAACAGACGUAAUUUAUUAGUGAAUAAAGGCGAACGUUACGGCUAGACACACUUAAAAGUACGAUUCUUAACGAUGGAGCGUAACCAUUCACUGUAUCACUAUUUCCUUUUUAUCUGAAUGGAUACAAGACUGCUAAGAUGUUCGUAAUCUGCAUGUACAUUGUAGCAAAAAGGAUUUGUAUUUGCAGAUUAUUUAUUAAAUUAGUUUUGUUGUAAUUUUAUUACAAGGUAUUCAUUUUACUUGUUAUAUGCGCUCGUAUUUUCACGCGUACAAUGGACACACGCAUGCGUUAUAAUACAUAAUCAUCAUACCCGUUGUUAAUAUACUAUUUGUGACCCGAUGACUGUAUUAUACGUCUUUGCCGGAUAGAUUAUUGUAAAAAUUAUCGUAAAAGAAAUGGUUCUAAUUUUUCGGUUAAAACCUGCCAACUACGAAGUGAUUAUACUGUAUUAUAUUUGUGUUCAUUCGAUUUAUGUAAUUUCGUGAUUGUUUCUUGUUUUCUAAUCAACCGGUUUAGCUACGAUAUACAAGUUAUUGACGAAUCUUUGGCUAUAACAUUAAUAUCUCUUGAUAUCAUUUAACGAAAAACUUUUAAUAUAUCGUUAGAGAUAGAAAUCGCCAAAUUUCUAAAUUGUUUUGUUAUAUUGAGUUUAAUAAUAUUAGGUUUUAAUAAUUUAUAGUACAUGUUGGGUAAGAAAUAACAUUAUUCUAAUUGCUAUUUGGAAGAAUUGUAAUUGUAUUCUUAUAGCCAUCAAAAAUUUAUUCGAAAGAGAAAUAUAUUAGUACAAAGAUUGAGAUAUGCAAAAUCGAGGGAAACUAAGGCCACCGAUAGGGUAAUGAUUAGGUACGUUAAAUAUGUAUGUAAAAGACGAUCUUUGGUAUGUACAUUAAAAAUCUUAUCGUUAAAUGUUUCGCGAUAAAUAUUUGUAUUGUAACGAUCAAAAACGUUUAUUUGCUCGAUGGUGUCAAAAAUACGCCGUUAAUUAUUGAAGAGCAGUACUCGGAAACUUUUUAGAUAUUUUAACGAUAACCAUGAAUAAUGGUAUGUUGGUGUUAGAAUAUAUUUCUCAAAAUUUGUUUCAA